UCGACGGCUAAUCAGCUUCACAGUGAGUUCGUUAUGUCGCGCUUUACCGCAUGGAUUGCUUUGCUCAUAUUGAUCGGAUCUGUUUGGUCACAGAAGGAAUUUUCGAAAGAAGAAUUUUCGAAAGGAGAAUUUUCAAAGAAAAAAUAUUCCGAAGAAGAAUCCUCAGAGGAAGAAGUUUCAGAGAAAAAUCAUACAACGGAAGAGUUUAUCGAAGGUUCACCAAGAUUCGGAUUUGGUCUUCUUGAUUCUAUACGAAAGUCCUUUUGCGAUUUUUCCUGCAUGUCCUCAGACAAGAUGCCAUAUUUAAUGAAUCUUGUAUGUGCCGUAAAAUGUCCGGAAUUAUAUUUGCCUCACGGACCAUCAUCAUCAACAAUGAAGUCAUCGGACAAGCCUAGCACGGAACCUUCAUCGACAACUUCUUCAACACCAUCGCCUUCCUUAUCAAAUUCUACAAUGUUAAAGGCACCAAUGAAAGAAGAAGCAGCACCAAUGAAGGAAGAAGCAGCAUCAAUGAAGGAUAAAACAAAGGAAGAAACACCAUCUAUGGAGGAAGAAACAGGCUCAAUGGGGAAAGAAGGUUCAGCAAUGAAGGAUAAAACAACAAUAAAGGAUGAAACAGGAUCAAUGAAGGAUAAAACAACAGCAAAGGAAAAAACAUCAUCUAUGGAGAAGGAAACAGGCUCAAUGGAGAAAAAAGAUACAGCAAUGAAGGAUAAAACAACAAUAACGGAAGAAACACCAUCUAUGGAGGAAGAAACAAGCUCAACGGACAAGAAAAUGAUUAAUGAAGAAAAAACAGAAAAACCAUAAAACUGUUUAUCAAAAUGUUUCUUUUUUAAUCUUCGAAUUUUUUUUAUUAUUUUAAUACUUCUCAUUACUACAAAUAAACUUAUGAAUUAUCUUGUUUUUUCUAGUAGAAUAUUAAAAUGAGAUAUAACCAUGUUACUAACAUAAUGUAGUGCACCAUUCUAUAUCUUUAUAAUAAAUUAUAUUUUUAGCAAGA